AUGGACUAUGAUGAAUAUCUUGAGAGACGCAAGAAGAAAAUAGAGCGCAAGGCCAAACGCGAAGCUGAGAGAACAGAGCCGCAAUCCAUCGCCCUUCCAGAGCUCAUCAGCAUAUCUAACCUUGCGACUGCCCUGAAAGUGGACAAGAGUGUGUUCUUGGGUCAGUUGGCCGAAUUGGGUUUCGAGGGCAUCUCGUUGGACAGCAUUAUGGCUGGUGAAACUGCAGCUCUUGUAGCUCAGGAGUAUGGAUUUGAGCCUACGGUCGAUAGCGGCGAGCAACAAGAUCUCAAAGCCCGUCCGCCUCCAGAGGAUCCUUCAACCCUGCCUCCUCGUCCGCCAGUUGUUACUAUCAUGGGACACGUCGACCACGGUAAAACAACGCUUCUAGACUACCUGCGAAAGUCUUCAGUUGCGGCAGGAGAGCACGGUGGCAUUACGCAACAUAUCGGUGCCUUUUCUGUUAGCAUGUCAACUGGAAAGCAGAUCACUUUUCUCGAUACCCCUGGCCACGCUGCAUUCUUGACCAUGCGCCAACGUGGAGCACACGUAACUGAUAUCGUCGUGCUUGUGGUAGCGGCAGACGACAGUGUCAAGCCUCAAACUUUGGAGGCUCUCAAGCAUGCUCGACAAUCAAAGGUGCCUAUCAUCGUGGCGAUCAACAAGAUCGACAAGGACGGCGCACAUGUUGACCGUGUCAAUGCCGACCUAGCCAGCAACGGAGUAGAGAUUGAGGACUAUGGUGGCGAUGUUCAGGUAGUCUGUGUUUCCGGCAAGACUGGCCAGGGAAUGGAAGACCUUGAGGAGAACAUUCUAACUUUGGCCGAAAUCCUCGACAUGCGCGCCGAAGUCGAUGGCCAGGCUGAGGGUUGGAUUCUCGAGAGUAGUCUAAAGCCGAUCGGCAAGGUCGCCACUAUCUUGGUCAAGCGUGGAACUUUGCGCCCUGGUGAUUUCAUUGCCGCGGGAACGACGUACGCCAAAAUCCGACAUCUCCGCAAUGAAGCUGGGCAGGAGAUCAAGGAAGCGCCACCUGGAACCCCUGUUGAGAUUUUGGGCUGGCGUGACUUACCCGCCGCCGGCGACGAGGUUAUCCAAGGCACUGACGAGCGCCGUGUACGGCAAGCAGCAGAAUACCGUGAACAUCUGCGCGAGCGCGAGCAGGAUGCUGCAGCUCAUGAGAAGAUUGCCGAACAGCGCCGUCAACUUAGCGAACAGCGUCGUGCAGAGAAGGCCAACCAAGAGGGGAAAUACAAGCGACCGGACGGCAGCUGGGGUACGCAAGAGCAAGAGCCAUCCGAUACGGACGAGAACGGAGCCAAGUUGAUCAACUUCCUUGUCAAAGGCGAUGUGCACGGUUCCGUGGAGGCGGUCUGCGCCGCCAUUCAGGAGAUCGGCUCCAACGAGGUCCGACCACGUGUCCUGAUGUCCUCUCCCGGCGCCAUUACCGAGAGCGACGUCGAGCACGCCGCGACGUCGGGCUCCGCCAUCGUCAACUUCAAUCUGCCCAUCUCGGGCCAGAUCAAGCGCCAGGCUGAGACGGCUGGCGUCAAGAUCCUGGACCAUUCCGUCAUCUAUCACCUCACCGACGACGUCCGUGACUACCUCGGCUCCUUCCUAGGCGUCGAUAUCACGUUUAAGGUCCUCGCUGAGGCCGAGGUUCUCCAGGUUUUCCCGAUCAAUAUCAAGGGCCGCCAGUACAAGAACAUUGCCGGGUGCAGGAUCCGUAACGGCACCGUGGAGCGCAACCAACUGCUCCGGGUCCUGAGGGGCGGCGAGAUGCUCUUUGAAGGCAAGCUAGAAUCUUUCAAGCACGGCAAGAAGGACAUCGACGAGGCCCGCAAGGGCGGUGAGUGCGGUAUCGGGUUCGAGCUGUUCCAGGACCUAGAGCAGGGCGACCAGAUCCAGGCCAUUGAGGAGGUGCAGACCAAGAGGACGCUGUAA